AUGGAAGAUAACAAGGUUAAGCACAGCAGAGUUUUGAUCCAGAAAAAGGCUCUACACACCUUUCUUAAUUCAUUGGAGGCAGAGGUGUUGGAGCUUUCUGACCGAGUGAAGCUAGGCAGGAUAGUCAGACGGGCACCUUCGUUUGAGACAUUCACUCCAUUCUUUUCAGAGGAAAACAGGUAUGUGUGUUUGAUAACAAGGGUGAAGGCAAAGACAACAUUUUGCAAGGUAGUGGGGCUGAUUUUGGAAGCAUUUUGCUGCAGUCAGUUUACUUUUUCCUUCCAAGGAGUAAAUUGUCCAGAGGACUCCCUGGCAAGUCAAUUAUUUGGGACAUUUUAGUUGGUCCCAUUAAUGUUAUUGCCCAGCUGUGCGUUUUGCAGUUACCUUCAUUAUGAUAUAAUGACUUGUUUCUGAUUUCUCUUGGAUUCAGUACCAGCAUUCACUGAUAUUCCUGGAGAGGAUGGAGGUGGACCAGGAGCCAUACAAUGUAGUCAGACACUUCUGAAGCCAGAGAUAAAUGGGAGCUCUUAGCUUAUACAGCUGAAUUUCAUGGGUGAAUAAUUCAGCCCUCAGAAAAAUGCUUCAGCCGCAGUGUGACAUCUCCCGUCAGUGAUUAUCCAAGAUUUAAGCAAACAUGGCUUUCCCUGGGAGUUAGGAAAGAUGUCCAGAUAGUGUCUUCUUUUCUUUUUACCUUUGGUCUCCUUAAAUACUUUUGUCAUUAACAUUGUUACCGGGAUACAGGUUUAAAAAGAAAGCCGAAUAUGCCUUACAAGUGACUCUUCCAAGCACAGAACUUUGCGCCUUACAAAUCAGAGUUUAAAGUAUGACUGAACUUGAUUUAUUUUAAAGAGGCAAUUAAACGAUACAUCUUUAUGUCUAAUGAUGACACCUUCAGCUAAUUGGGUGAAUUGCUAAUGUGCAAAUUUGUGCACACAGCUGAGUGGGAAUUAUUUUAUUUCUUUUUAAAUCAGCCCUCCAAGCCAAAUUUGGCAGGUUGGCUGUGCAUGCAAGGAAAUAAUGGAAGGGAGGUAGUGGCUCUGAUCCAACAAAGUGCUUGCAUACAAAGAUGCAGCCAAGACUGCCUGCAUAUAGCAAAAGGCUGUAAUUCAAACAUUCAGCUAUUUGCCUCCUGAGCAGCUGGCCUGCAGGAGUCUAGCUUUUUUGUUUGUUUGUUUGCAAGGGCUAGUAUGCAUAGAGUUCUGGCUGUUGGUUCAGGCUGGAAAACUGCACAUCUAGUCCCCAUUUACACUCAAUAUUACCUGCCCAGUAUGGGAUAAGAGUAUGGAACCCACCGCUGCCAAGCUAAUCUGCUGCGUCACAGAUUCUAGGAAAUUACUAUGGUGUUUGGAAGCAGUGAUGGGUUGGAGGUUGGCAAACAAAACAGAGGUGAUUCUGGCCAUUGGAAAAGCCCAUCUGCAAAUUCACCUUGUUUGGGCUGAUGAUGCACUCACUCUGAAAUACCAGGUUCACAAUGUGGCAAUGUGUCCCAGCCCAGUUCCUAGAGAGGCAGGUUGUGACUGUGGGCAGGACUGUGUGUAUUCAAUUGCAGUUGGUGCGUCCACUGUGAACCUUCCUAGAGAAGUCAGAUCUGAGCACCAUCACACAGCUUCGGUUGUGUCCAGCACAACUGGUGCUAGCAUUUGGAUUCUCUGGCUAGCUGACAGGGUUCCAGGACUUGAUAGGACCCCACCUGUCCCUGGGGGUGCAUGACCAAGUGGCGGGAUGUGAAGAGCCACCAUCUUAAAUUUUCCAGAAUGCAUCAGAGCCUCAAUGUAGUUUUUGCUCCAGAACAUUGUGAGAAAUUGAAAAGGGUGAAAAUCCAGCACAGAUUACAGGGGCAGCUACCUGGUGCCAAUCAGAAGAGUCCCUGAAGAUGCACACAGAGGAUACAAUGCCAAGGGCCCCAAAGCAUAGAUCCAGCCUUGGCAUCCAGGCUAGACUUCUGUGAGAUUGAGGCCCUUAAUCAUAUUGGGGCUCUGAAUGCAAGCAACUGGCUUUGUUAUUUCGGAAGUCUACACUAAUCUGGGAACAUCUGGGAACUGGGCUACCAGCACCGCCCCACUCUGUGGUAAUUGCAUGAUGUAUUAUUUAUGCCUGAAAGGGAAUGGAGGGUAUAAACAAUUGCUUGUGGGUGAGGUGUAUAUCUGGUGUGCAUUGCAGAGACUUGGGCACGUGUGUGUGUGUGUGUGUGUGUGUGUUCUUACCCAGCUUUCCCAACUGGGUAUCCCGUGGAGCACAAGUCUGAGGGCAUAGGGAUGAGGAGAGGGCAUGACAGUAACUCAUAAAAACUCCAUCCUUCUCACUAGGAGGCCAGUCCAUUUGGGAGAUGGAUUUGGUGGUUUGUACUCGGUGCUGGGAGGCAGAGACAGGACAGGGAUCUUGUUGGUGGACUAUCUGCCCUGUGGCCCAACCACCUUCCUGACUGAGCUGGCAAAGGAGGUCUUUGGCAUGGUGUUGGAGAAUCCCAGGACAUUAGUUCUGGGGGACUUCUGUAUCCAAGACAAGCUCUCCUCUGUAGUGACACCAAGACUAUGGACCUCUCACUCAGAAGAAGCUCCUUAACGCAGCCUGGCUCCUUGUCUUUAGAUGGCUGCAUAAGACAGUUGUUGUUUUUCCAAGAGGUCUUUGGCACUCCCUGGUGGUUAGUGAGGAAUUGCUUGUUCAUGACAUGAUUGCCUUUUUACUCUGCUUAUUGGGCAUUGCACAAAAUAGUUUCAAAUAGGAUCACUUUCUUCCAUACUUUCCACCCAUACAUUGAUUGAUUGAUUAUUAAAACUUUUAAAAUAUCUCUAAGCGGUGUACAGAAAACUGAAGCAAUGACAACUUAAACAAAAUAUUACAAAAAUACACAGUAGCAUUUAAAAAGGUUACAUUAAUACAAAGUCAUAUGCAUACAUAUAUAUGUCACUUCAUUUUCCUUCUGGCACACACCCUCCCUCUCAGCUUCUGGGUUCUCACCCAGGGUCCAGACAAACUCUCAGCUCACCCACAAAAGUCUCACAAUAAGAAGGGCUUCUGGAAGCAGCAGACAUCACAUUAGUUUCUCAUGCUAGACUUGCUUUUUAUGGGCAGGCCCAAGGUAGAUGGUACUUCCUUAGGCUGCCCACAGCUAUGUCCCAUUCAACUGCACUCUCCACACCCAGUUCCAUGUGUAGCUCUUUCUUCAUCCUCUGCCCUCUCCUCCUCUUCCUCCUCCUCCUCCUCCUCCAGCUGCUUUUGGGUUUCUAGCUAUGUCUCAGCUACUAUAAUCUACACUUUUAUGCUUUGUGUAUAGUAUCUAUGAACUGAAAUUUCAUUAUCAUUACUGAAUUGCUAUGAAGUGAUUAACUUGUAGCCAAGCAUUUGGACCCUAUAAAGUUGUGCUAGUAGAAUUCAAUGCAACUGCUUUCUGGGCACAAUGCAAGGGAUUGGGACCACAAACAUUCUGAAACAAUAAGCAAAUCUAAACUCAGCCAUCCCACAAAAUUCGGAUGUCUCCAAAUUUUGUAAUGUUGUUCUCCAGCCAAGUAAGGUGUACUAAAACGUAUAUACUAGGCUAAAGUGUGCAUAAAAAUCCAUAUGUUAAGUGAAGAUAACAUACAAAAAAUUAUAUUAGGGGAAAUCAUUUUGCAAAAAAUCUGUGUAUUAGAGGAAAUUCUACACACAAAUUUGUAUAUAAUGAAUAAUUUGCACUAAAAUGCUGAUGAUUUGUACAUUCUGAAACAAUAAGCAAAAAAUCUGUGUAUUAGAGGAAAUUGUACACAAAAAAAUUGUAUAUAAUGAAUAAUUUGCUCUAAAAUGCUGUGGUUAUUCAUAAAAGAAAAUUGUGAACCAAUCUGGAGGGCUGAACUUGAGAUUGAGAAACUGAGAGAAACCAAAAUUGCCAGAUUGGCCUAUCCCUACCUCAAGGGCCAAACCAUGGUUUCGCGGUGACAUCUAAACCAUUGUCAGUUCCCAAUCUAUGCUGAUCAUCUCAGUCUUGUUCACCUAGUAUUCUUCCAGGUGGAGGCUGAAUACUGUAAAAGCAUUGUUCAGAUAUAACAAAUGUGUCUUAGGCAACUGAUUUGUUUAAUUUAAAAAAAAAAUUCUGGAAAGGGUAAAGCCAGAUUAAAUGUUUGGUGAGGAUACAGGCUGACAUUCUGAUGCCAACUGCAUUGUGUGGAUGCUAUGGAAAAUGAGCAUACAUAAAGAGCACCCAUCCUGCAAUAAAAGCCAGUCUGGAGGCAUCCCCAGUGUAGAAUAUAAUUGCCCUGGAUGUGACCCAUAUGCCUCUGGGUUCUGGGCAGUGCUUUGCACACAAUUGGGGCUGUAGAAGUGUUGUGCGGUUGUGGUAGACAUUGUUUGCUUCUGACCUGAUUGAAAAAUACAGUAGACAUCAAGAUAGGCCAGUUAUUUUGCUUCCAAAUUUCAGUCUUCUUAACUGAGCUUUUUUUUCACUCACAGGGCUGCAAAUUGGUUUGGGGGUUCUAAUGUCCUGUAAUUUUCUUUUUGUACAUGUGUAGGCUGGCCGACUUCAAUUCAGAAUGGAUUCAUGAACUCAUGACUGAAUUGAUGGGUGACCAAGAAGAUAAUAAGCGUGCCUCAGAAGACCCAGAACCAAUCCCAAUUAAUGGGGUGAAAGAGGAUGGUAAGGAAAUCUAUUUGUAGCAAGGGACCCACUGCCAACUCCUAAUGGAAACUGAUUUACUCCAAGAUCUGUCCCUGAACGUCAGCCUGCUUUCCUUGUAACAUUUUCUUAAUAAGAUUAAAUAUUUCACGUUCAUGCAAUGCUUUUGAGUGCACACAUUAUCCACGAGUCAUUUAUUAUCAGUUGCAUUCCUUAUAAUAACCCUGUAAGGUUAUUCAUCAGGAGUGCUCUGAUGGUGUUUCCUGCUUGGCAGGGGGUUGGACUCGAUGGCCCUUGUGGUCUCUUCCAACUCUAUGAUUCUAUGAUUCUAUGAUUCUAUGAUUAUUAUCAGUAUCACCAUAUGGAGGUUUUCCUAAGGAUCCCUCAUGAGUUCAUGUCAGGGGUGAGAUUUGAACCAGAGCCCUUUUCAUUUGUAACUAUGUCUCUUGGUCACUUUGCUAUGCUAGACUCUCUAGGAAGCUUGGAAGUUUGGGCUUCUUUCUUAUGUUUCAAUUUUUAAUUUUCAUAAUUGGCAGGAUUUAAAAACAGAGUGGUUGGGGUUAACAGGCAGCUUGUGAAAAAGCUUUUGUGAAGAGUACAUUGUACUCUUUGCUCCGAAUAUAUUUUUUUUACCAUGAUGCUCACAGGAAUACCAGAAUUCUCAUGCAUAAUAUUUUAUUUAUGACUUUUUUCACUCCAUUCCAUUUCAUUUGACAAUUGGUUAGUAAUUAGCCUGACCAUCAGGUAAACAUAGGCCAAAGCACCAGAGCCCUGGAGAAUGGGAUGGAAAAGGGGUUUUCCCCCCCAAUGUGUUUGUGUAUGGAGCUGUCUGCUUCGAAAUGAUCUGAGCUGCAUAUUAUGCAUCAAAGCUUAGUGAGUUAAAAAAGAGAGUUUGAAAGUGGUGUUUUAGAUAUAUAUAUUAAAAAGCCUCCUCCACAGUGAAAUUUUGCUGCAGAGCAUGAUCAACAAGCAUUAUAGGGGAAGGUUAAAUAAUUAAUAUUGUUCAUGAGUCUGUCUACAUGGAAAUUAAAUUUCAAACUAAUAGCUGGGUUGUUGUUAUUAAAAUUUCUCUGUACAGUGACCUAGUCUGUGGCCAGCUUGAUGUGAGAAUAUUAAUUUAAAGCAUGUUUUAAAUUUAAACACCAAACAGGGAUUAGAUGUGCUGUUCUUCAUUGGUACAUGGCCACGAUAUGCUAGUUUAAGGGUUGUUUUUAAUUUGUGAGUGAGAGUGUAUAUGCGUGUGUGUUUUAAAUGUAACAUCAACUAAAUUAAGUGAAUAAACAUCGGUAUACUGACAGCAAUAAUAAUAAUAAUAAUGCUAUUUUUCACAUCAUUUGGUUCGUAGGAACCAUUUGCUCCACCCUCCAUGGAGGGAGGAAGAUUCAGAUUGAAAAUUCCGAGGGUCUUAUUUUUCCUGCUCCCUUUUCUCUCCACCCCUCCUUUUCCCUCUCAUUCUUUCAGAGUCACAAGACCUGGAUGGGGAAGAGAAGGCUUCGCAGGAUGCAGAGGCCGCAGUUCCAUCUCCACCGCUGUCAUUCCCAGGUGCUCUGAAAGAAAGCCAAGGGGGAAGCCGCGCCCAGCAGGCCCCGGCUUCAAAGAAGUCCUGUUGGCUGAACCCUCCCUCUCCCCUGAGGCUGGCUGAUGUAACUGACCACAUUUCUGAUGACUCCUCCUCUGUACACGCCAUUUCACUCACAUCAUGCGUCUCCAAGGGCAUGAGCACCUGGUCCCUGCCCGGAGACUGUGAAAAGGCUCCAUUCAACAUUAUGGAACCUGGGAGCAUCUCAGCCCUCACCGGUGACUGCUUGAUGCAGCCGAGCCGGACCUGCCUGGGCUACUUUAUCGAAUCAAAGGAUGGCAUUGAUUCAGAGCCAGGAAUAAGCCUGAAAGUGGGUGAUAUAAAUAGGGAUUAUGACACCUGUUCAGUCUCUGAUAUAGGGAUUCAUUGCAUGAGCACAGGGGAAACCAUGAGAUAUGGGGAUCAACUGCUUUCAGACCAACUCUUAAGCUUCCCUGCGCAUAAAUCAAGGGCAGCAGACAAGAGAGAUGCAGAGAAAUCUGACAGCGAUUCAGAGGACCCCACUCAGAAAAAUUACUAUGAGGGAUUACUCUUAGACAAGUGCAAUGGGGAGGAACCUUUACUAACAAAUCCCAGCCAGGAGUGGGGUUAUUUUGAAUCUUUCAUCAGUGAAAGCAAAAUCGAGCUGCUCGACCUUUGCUCCAAAAAUGAGCUUUCUGUGAACCUGUUUUCUGAGGAAGAUGUGGAUAAUUACAUGUUUGAUGACGACUCAAACUUGGGAAGUGACGUCUGCUCCUUAAAAAUUCGGUAUGAGUCCUUCCAAGACAGUGUGAAGGAGAAGGCGGGUUCUCUGCAGGACGAUGCCCAGCUUAAUUUCUUCCCAAACGUGCUCAGCGGAUGCCCUAAGAAGGAAGGCCGAGUGGCCUUGAAGAGGGGGCCUCGAGGGGCCACUGAUACUUCCCAGUUCAAAUCUGAGGAGAGCAUCAUUUGGGGGGAAGAGGAGGCAGAUGGAGGAAGGGAGGAUGACGACGAGGAGAGUGAGAAAGUUGCCUUAAACAAAUCUUGCACCAGUACAGAAGUGGUACAGUACAUUUCUCCCAAAAGAAACCACUUCUUGGAACUUGUUAAUUCCACAGAGGAUCCCGGGGACUUCAGUGAUGACAGCACCUGUACUGAAUCUUCUUUUGAUGUUCUCCAAAAUCUUAAGGACUGCAAUAAGUACCUGCCCAGAGACCACUCCAGUUCCUUCAUACAACAGAACUAUGGCCUGCGAGCAAAGAGGAAAGUGAGAUACAGCGAUGAUUACCUAUAUGAUGUGGAUUCCAUUGAGAGCGAGAAGAUUGUGGAUAAGAAGGAGGGGCACCCAGAUGGACCCAAGGAGGAGGAUGAUGAUGAAUGGUGCCCAAAGAAAAGGAGAAAAGUUUCUCGCAAAGAGCCCCCAGUCAUCAUAAAAUACAUCAUUACCAACCGUUUUAAAGGGCAGAAACAAAUGCUUGUCAAGCUUUCCAAAGUGGAUUCCAGCGAAAUGACAGUGACCCUGAAUGAAGAACGUUUGAAAAAAUAUGCCAAGAUGGCCCCCCUGAAGAGCUUUUGGCAAGAGAAGUGGCAGAACCGACUGAAAUCAGAACUUCAGAGCAAACAUGGUUUAUAUCUCAAUGGCUCUGAGGUCUCCUCCUUGCCUCACCCACGGAAGCGAAAAGGCAAAUUGGCCAAUAGGCACAGGAUUCAGAGAAUCAAAGCCAUUGAGCAACCCAUGCCCAAGCCCGGCUCUUGUUCUUCAGACCCAAGGCAGGUUUGCCGCAGAAUUGGAGAUAGCGAUGCAGGCCCGAGAGGGAUGCAGACCCUGGCUGUUGCAACACCCAGCUGUGCUAACGGCUUGCAGCUGAAUGACAUCGCGAGCCUUGCCUCACCAAAGGAAUUCAAAGGGCCUGAGAGGAAAGUGUUGCGCAGGAUCAAGUUCAAAAGCGAAGCCAGGCUGAAGUGCAAGCAGAUUAAGGCCAGCCUGGCAGAGGCCUCCCCAGCCUUGGAGAACCAGGAGCCUCUUGCAAUGGAUGAAAGUGGUCCUUGCCCUGCAGAUGGCUCUCGCCUUACCGAGCACAAGGAGGAUAAGGUUGCUAAAAAUCCUCCGGCUUUCCUAGCUACCGCCUGCUCUUCAGACAAGGCCCUUACGUCUGCUAAUCUUGCUGCCAGUGUGCCCCUCAUCCCUGGAGGGUAUCUGCAGACCCUGUUAGAUGCCUCUGAUUUGUCAAGCAACACUGGGAUCUCUUACUUCAGUCAUCAGCAGUCAAAGCAGCAGCAGGAGGAGCCCCUCUCUGGCCUUCUUCAAGCAGAGAAGGCAUUCUGCACUCUGCAACCCGCCCAGAGCUGUGUCCUGUCCCCGCCAGAGUCAGAGCUGCAGCAGUCACCAAGCCACUUGGAGAUGGAGCCCAGCAGCUUCGGAGGCCUCUGGCCAGUAAGCAAAGCAUCCGGUGGCAGCAGCCAGGAAUUUCCGAGUGAUUUGCGGGAGGCUCCUGCACAGUCGGCUGCAGAGUUCGGGAGCUGUGCAGGUGCAGAUGGCCCUCCAGCCUCUGGAUACAGUCAAGUUAACCUGAAUAGUAGCAAACUGCCAUACCAAAAAAAGUACAUGUCAGAUAGCCAGCAGUCGCAGUCAGAGGAAUCUUUCCAGUCGUGUCAUUUCAAUAACAGAGAGGGGCAUUUUCAGUUCCAACAAGGUGCGCUAAGCACAGACGACGGGAGGCUGAUUAGCUUUGAUUCAGUGGGCUCUUUGUCAGUUAGUUCCAGCAACUUCAGUUCCCUAAGUUUAAAGUCCUGUGAAAAGGAUGGUGAAGAUGACAUUGCAGAUGAUUUCUUGGCCCACUGCAGCCCCAAACUAGUGAUUCAGCAAAGCAUAGAUGAAAUAACACCUUUGAAGGAGUCUACAGACCUUUUGGAUAUCUCCAACUUCACUCCUGACAAGUUCCGCCAAUCAUCUCUUUCAGAAAUGUCUCCCCCAGAUACCCCUAACCUUUCCCCACAGAUAACUGGGUCAGAAGUCAAACCACUGGGAACAAUGAAAUGUUUUCCCGAGAGCUCGCAGGCUGUGCUGAAUAACCCUGAGAAAGUCAAGUGGGGAUGUGGGGUCCUCCAGACGCACCAAGAUCAGGCUGAUAAUGGAUUUACUUUAAAUAAUCACCAAUUCCAGUUCCAUAUGUUUAAUGACGAAGAUUCUGUCGGCCUUCUUGAAAAGGGCCCGUGCCUGUCAACAUUUGAUGAGCCAUCUGGCCAAAUUAACAGCAACGGUAAAGUGUCAAAGCCGAAGAGGAAAGGUUCAUCCAAUAAAAAUAUGGGUGCAACCCCAAACCCUCCACAGAAAACCGUACGGAAGAAAGCACCCAAAGCCAGCAAAGGGACAGAGAAGGGGCAAAGCAGAAAUUCUAGACAGCCUCCCAAAUCAACAAGGAAAGGGAAGAAUGUGGCUGGAGCUCAUGAUGAAAAGGCUUUGAGCGUUGGUGGGAGAGCAGCAGCUCCACUGAACAACUCAGCCUCAGCGACAAAAGCGUUGGUGGAAUCCAUCCACCGUGGUGGCCCGACCUCCAUCCAGAUAGGGAAGCCUAAUGGGCUCCCUGGGGAAUGGGCCCUGGGGAAGGACAACAGCGGAGGCUGGUCUGAAGUAAGCCUAGGUAAUGCUAACAGCCUCCUCAAUGACGAUCAAAGGGAAUUUGAGGAGCCGUCCAACAUUUUGUCAAACAUAGCAUCUGGAAUGGCAGAUGUUCAGAGAUUCAUGAAGGUCUCCAUUGAGCCACUGUGGGGGCCCGUUUCUCAUAACAAUGCCUCUGAUGUAUUCCAGCCCCCUGAAUCAAACAGCCUGAAAUUGAAAACUCUUAAGAUCCUGGCUGGCACAUCACAAGAGUCCAAGAAAAAGGUGAAUGGUGGUUCUUCUGCAACGGCAAAGAGUCACAAGCCAGGGAACAAGGGUUUGAACAAAGCCAGCGGCCGAGCUGCCUCCUGUGAUCCUGGACGUCCCAACUGUUCAGCUGGGUACUCCCCAGACGUUCACUCUCCCUUUUUUGAUAAAAGCUAUAGUAACCUGAGCACUUUAGCCAAAAACGAGCCCACCCAUAAAAAGCUGUAUCGGCAUAAAUCCACUUCUAAGUCACUGAGAGAUGACAACUGUAAAGCAAAGCAAGCGGAGCGUGAGCAGGUCCGUAAGGACCCGUCUGCGACGGCUUCAUUUGAGAAACUGAGGUAA